AUUUAUAUUUCGGGUUUCGGACUGUAAGGAACUAUAAAAGACAAAAAAAAUCUCAAAUUUGUAUUUUAAAAAUUUCAAAAUUUUAGUAGUGGUACAUUUCUUUGAACAAAUUUAAAAAUAAAAUAACAUCAUGGAGUAUGGAAACGGAAUGCAAUACUGUGGUUAUGGCCAGGGCGGCGAGGGCUAUGAAAUGAACUAUAGCACUAUGGGCCAGGCCCAAGGAUAUAACCAGCAGCAGGGUGGACAGGAGUCUAGUAACCAAAACGGAGCCGCUGCCCUCGGUGGUCCUGGCUAUCGCAGUCCCCUGCGAUACAGCAAGUUGCUUCGCGAGAUGAAUUCCCGAAACGGACUAUAUUCACCCAUGGAUCAGCAGCGAGCAGGUGCCCAUGGAGAUUUCUACAACUCUUUGCCGGGCAUUGGUGGCGCGGAGGGUCAAAUGUACCAGUCGCGUGGCAAUGGAAACUCGUAUUACUGAAGCGGUGAUGUGUCCAAUUCGUUGACAUCAAACUUGCAUUUUGAAAGCGUCGCACUCCAAUAAAACUUUCAUUGAAAUGUCUA